GCCAACGUUCAAGUUACCCGGGAGCCAGGUUGAGCUCCAGACACGCACUUCACUGCGAAUUGUGUGUCCACCGUUCAGUUUUCUCAAAUGUCCCGGGCGCUCGACAAGGGCGUCAAGGUGGCACUCAAGAAUGGCAAUCACGAGAGGGUCUUCGAGGAGAUAUCCUCGGCGCUGAUCCAAGCGCACGGCUCCCUGCUCGAGAUAGAACUGCUGGGCCAGAGCCACAUCCCAGAUGCGGACACGACGUUGCUUCAAGACGUCAACGCCAUUGCUAUACCCAAGCUGCGGCUUGUGCAGGCAUUUAUCGUCGCCAGAAGGAUACUGAACGAGCACCUUGUUCACGGGAAGGAGGUCGCGGAGGACCGGAUCCUGCGGGCCACUGCUACCAUUCUCCUCAUGGACGCCGAGCACCUCACGGCGGCGAAUACCCGCAAACGUCUCAUAUCCAACAACACUUCGAAACAUGAACACGUCAGGGAGCUUCUCGGCAAGGAAAAGUACUUCAUCGACAGCCUUCUGACGAGUCGCCUUCACCGACACACCAAGUCUCCUGUCCUCUGGAGCCAUCGCCGAUGGCUGACGGCACAGCUCGGUGACCUUGCCGCGGCGGGCGACCUCGCAGCAGACAUACGCGACGUCGUCUUCGUGUCGGCGGAGCGGCACCCCCGCAACUACUACGCCUGGUGCCACGCCCGACAGCUGGUCGCGCUCUCCGCGACGGCGCGAAACGAGCCACAGCGUGCGUUGUUGGACGGGCCGUCGCUGGUGGCGGACGCCAAGCGCUGGUGCUUCAGCCACCACGACGACGUCUCCGGGUGGAUGUUCCUCCUGUUCCUGCUCAGGGCAUGGACGGGAGAGGCCGCGGGUGUCUUUAGCGAGACGCUGCAGCUCACGGAGUCGUUCCACUGGAGGAACGAGUCCGUCUGGUACUUUCUUCGCAACGUGGUCGCCACCGGGGCGGUGGACGCGGGGCGUAAACAGCAGUUCGAGGCUGCGAGAACUGCGCUCCGGGCAGGCACGCGAGAUGGAAGCCUUGAGCAGAGGGCCCUCGACCAGGCUGCCAGCUGGGUCAAGUUCAAGUAGGCGGGGGGGCGAGGAUAGCCGACGCACCACCACGACCAGUAUUACCCCUUGCCUCUUCGUGUUGUGAAACGAGGUGCGUGGUCUAUCUUGUCGGGACGGGGAAAAAGCCGUUUUGGUGUUGCCGGGUUACCGGUCUGUGUUUAUCUGGUGCUCGUGGGAGUCUCUCUGCUACUAGUAGACGCAGUUCGGUGGGAGGAAUGUUGUCGGCCGCUGGCUCACGAGGCGCCCAUUCCGUCGCAAGGCUGUUGCACAGGCAUGCGGCGAUGGCAUCAAGUGGACGUACAGCCAUGUCGUAGCCUUUUGACGGGUGACGGGGUGCAAUGGACAGAAGCUUGGAUAUUCGACACUACGUGUGUAUCCCGAGGGCGAAGUUUGGCUGCCAUGAGCGGCGGCGGCGACGUGCAAGCUGCGUGCCCAGGCGAAGAGCGGGCGUGCACUUCUACGCAGCGAAGGUGGCCGUGAAGCUGGCCGCUUUGCAGCCAUCCGUGGACGGCAUGAGCAUCGGUUUCGGAAAGGCACAUGGGAACCGACCUAGCAGUAUUAUGUCUCAAACAUGCGAUGGCCCAUCCCAUCGUAUUGCUAAUAGUGACCCGACUUUCAACGUUCGACGUGGGACGACGUCUUAGCUUUCCCUGACCAGAUAUCAGACCACGCUGUCAGGAAGCGCGGCUGUUGCUGCUCCUGGAUAUGGUGGAUCGCCGUCGACAACCGGCCCACGCCCUCAUGAGUUGUGCUGGUUCCUUGAUCACCUCACUCUUUCACCCGAGCAUCUCUCGCCAGGACCACGGAGAUGCCCACCCGUGAAUAUGGGCAGAGAAUCACAAAGCCUCCGAAAAGUGUGAGAUGGUGACGGUGGGACGUUGCGAUGCCAGAAGAGGGUGAUUGAUAGUCUGCUACUGCCCUCUGCGGGCUAGGACGUACAGGAGCGUAAUGUAAUACUUGCUCCUACUACGCUUGUCGGUAUCUGAACCUUUGUCGAGCAUUUCGUUUGUGCUGUCUUGACCCAUAUGGUGCAAGCGAGGGAGGGCGGGCGCUUACCCUCGGGGAACAAGCACCGCGGGGCGCCAAAAUGCUGCGUGCCUUCUUUGGUCAAAUUCGCUGCAAACGAUCGCCCCCCGCCUGCACGUCGCGAGUCGUCAUCGUGAUCUCGGCGGUGCUGUGCCUCGCCGCCAAGGUCAGACAGCGUCGGCGGUGCAACGCCAGACGCGAGAUCAGGCAGCUGAGCGGCGUUGGGAGAUCGCUUGCUUUGCCAAUGCCAGGCUUGUGGGCUUUUUUUU